AUGUCCGGGUCCCAGAGGUCUAAGUCCGGGUCCCAGAGGUCCGGGGGGGUCUCAGACCUCCGGGGCCAGUCUCAGAGGACUAAGUCCGGGUCCCAGAGGUCUAAGUCCGGGUCUCAGAGGUCCGGGGGGGUCUCAGACCUCCGGGGCCAGUCUCAGAGGUCUAGGUCCGGGUCUCAGAGGUCCGGGGGGGUCUCAGACCUCCGGGGCCAGUCUCAGAGGUCCGGGGCCGGGUCUCAGAGGUCCGGCCUCUGGUCUCAGACCUCCGGGGGUCUCGGACCUCCGGGGGGGUCUCAGACCUCCGGGGGGGGUCUCAGACCUCUGGGGCCAGUCUCAGAGGUCCGGGGCCGGGUCUCAGAGGUCCGGCCUCCGGUCUCAGACCUCCGGGGGGGUCUCAGAGGUCUGCGGCCGGGCUCAGAGGCCUGCGGCCGGGUCUCAGAGGCCUGGGGCCGGGUCUCAGAGGUGAGCCUGGUACUACAAGUGAGACACUUAGAGAAAUUUUGA